GGCUCCUCAGAGGUGGGUGUUUACUGCUUUGUCCGCCUGACGUCCGUUGCCUGACCUUACGUUGAGUGGAGCACAACACUACCGCUCAUCCACACACACACACAGGUAGAGGACCUCGUGUUGUCGUGAGUCAACCCAGGACCAUCGUGAGUGUUAUUCUCGGCAAAGUCAGGAAAGCGGCCACAACACCAAUAAAGAUGAUGGACGACAGUGAAGCCGGCCCCCACUCCUGCUACACCUUCACCCUGGUCCUGCUGCUACUGCUGACACACACCACCACACCAGCAGAGCCGGGGUCGGGGGAGGAAGGGGUCCACUACCGCCUGUCCCCACACCUACUGUCCGACAACGGCAGCUUUGUGAGCGAGGAGGACCUACAACUGACGAAACCCCAGGUGACGGCGUGUGUCUGGGUACGCAUCACCUACUUUAGGAGACCCUCAGUGCCUCUCAGCAUCGGCAGUAGAGAUGCCAGCGUCGGUGACGUCAGUGUAGGUGUGGUGCCCCAGGGCGUGUUGCUGCGUCAGGGUCGGGCUGUGUGGGCGGCGGCAGCGGCGGUAGUGCCUCUUUGCUGGUAUCACUUCUGCCUGGCACUCACACCCACAACUGUCUCUCUCUUCCUCGACUCGCGCCAUCUACUCCAGGUCAACCCCGUCACCGAUUUCUUCAAGGGUCAACUUCGGGUUAUAAUGGGUGGGAGCGUCAUCUGGCCUGACCUGUCCCCUUCCACCUUCAGCUUCUCUAAGCCUUCAGACGCCCAGUGGGAGACUCUGCGUGCUUCCAGGGCCAUGCACGCUUUCGCAGGGUCCUUUGCCGGGGACCUGGUGGCUCCUAACGUAUGGAAUAGGGAGUUAACAGACACUGACGUGAAGACCCUGGUCAGCUGUCGAGGUUUAUCCCUCAACCCGCCCCUCCCAGCACUCAACUGGCAGCAGCACGGGGAAAACAUAACACAAACUUCCAUGAACACGAGUGAGCCUUGUAGAAGAAGACUCUUCGAUUAUUUAUUAUUUCCAGAACCAAUGAAUUUUCAAGAUAAUUAUGAAUUGUGUGUUAAGUUAGACAUGGAAAUGAUCAGACCCCGUAAUGGUGGUAACUAUGAGAGUUUGUUUGAUGAUAUCACGAGUUACAGUGCGUGUGGGAGCGGGCGGCGGGUGUUGUGGCUGGGGGAUGACGGUAAUGGCUGUCCUGCUCUCACCAGAUCAGGUCAGGAGUCCGCCCCCUGCUUCUCUCAACUGUGUGGGGGGUGCCAACUCCCGCCGCCUGGGAAACAUCGUUUAUUUAUUAUGCGAGGAUUAUGUUCUCUCCCCAAUACAGACUUGGCCUUCAUGGCGGCGUCUAGCACGUCUGCUCGCCUCUACUUCCAGGGAGUAGAGCGUUAUAACAUAACGUCAGUCCAGGACACGUGGGAACUCCGUGACGGGGCCACGGGUGACAUACUGGCCUCCACAAACGGCACUGAUCCACUCGGGAUUCGUAAGUGGCAGGUGACUUCGGAUUUGUGUGGUGUCAGUGCCAAGCAGGUGGUGGGGGCGUCGCUGACUGCCUGUGGGAAGCAUCAGGCACUGUGUAGGUCGGGGGAGUGUAUAUCCCUGACGAAGCGCUGUGACGGCUACCCUGACUGCCCUGACGGCUACGACGAAAAAGAAUGCCAGCCAGUCCGACGGCCAGAAGGUUAUCUAAUAAACUCUCCUCCACCUCAGCCGCCUGUUGACGUAGGUCUUACCAUAGAAAUUACACGGGUGGCGUCAACGGAGCCGCUGACGGUGCUGCUCUACACCAAGCUCUCCUGGGAGGAUCCGCGUCUCACCUUCGCCAAUUUGCGUUACGACACAGAUAUCCCUGUGCCUCUGAACUCCAUAAUGUGGCGCCCCCGUCUCCUAGUUUUGACGCCGGGAACAGCAGCGCCCGAGGACCUACUGAAGAAGUCGCAGGCCACGUCUGAGGAGCAGGGAGAGGUUAGCGCGUCCCUCACAGUUCGUACCAUCGCCCAACCUAUCCCAGACAACAGGUCCACGCCAGCUAUUGACACGCUGUACCCGGGCGUUAACACCACCAUCACUCUGGCCGAGUACCUCAACCAACCCGUCGACUGCCACUUCGACGUGAGCUUUUACCCCUUCGAUGUACAUAUGUGUGAGCUGCCCCUGGUGCUGGUGCCUCACGGGGUACAUCACGCCCGCCUCUUCCUCGGCCCCAACAGCGCCAGGUACACGGGGUUUAAAGGACUCACAGACUUUGCUGUGAACGAUGCCAAGAUUAGACACCAGAAUGCGCAGUUGGGAGGUCGGGUGCACAGCGGAGUGGUGCUGCAGUUACGAUUGUCUCGUCAACCAGCCUUCACGGUGCUGGCCGUGUUCCUGCCCUCCUUCCUCCUGCUGGGGGUCAGCACAGGCUCCCUCUGGAUGUCUCCCAAGACACCGGCUCGCCUCAUCAUCAGCUGCUCUGUGGUCGGCGCUUUCUUUAUGAUGUGGGUAAUAACCGCCAUCACCAGCCCUACCUCGGGCAAGGUCAAGGCCGUGGACGCGUGGUUGUGUUUCUGCACGAUGCACGCCCUCCUGCACGCCACGCUGCACGUGCUACUGGAAGUGUUCAGCCAGGAGGGCGGCGUUCAACAGCUGUUCUCCAGGGUGAUUUCGCGGCCUGUGUCCAGGAUGCGGGAGGUGAAGCCCAUCGACAAUGGUAGUAUUUACGACAACCUGAUGCUGAGGAUACCGGAGAAUGAAGCCAACACCUGGACUGUGGGCUACUGGAUCACCCUUAUCGCCCGCGUCGUCUCUCCGGCCCUCGUCUUAGUCUUCAACGUCUCUUAUUGGCCUUUCGUCUUGUACUUCAACGUUAACAAUCUUCCCUAGCAAGCUAUAAGCCUCUCCUGUCUUCUACUUGAACAUUAACCUUAUACAUUAUAUUCACAAGUACUACUCCUGUACCCAAUAUUUCAAAGUGAAGUUUCUAACACCCUCAGAUAAGCUCCUAGUCUGUCCAUAGUCUUGUACUUCACCAUAAACAUCCUGAUAAUCGUUCACGUCUUCACCUCACACUUGUAACUAAUAGAACUAUCACAUCACAUUGUAUGUCUUGUUUCACCUUCAUCCCUCGUCACAGUACCAUACGAGCCUUGUAUCUGUAAACAAUACGCCAUAAUACACAACGAUGCCAAGCUCGCUUGUGGUGCACAGUGGAACUGACAUUCUAAAACAAUGAAUUAUGUAAAGGUUUACCGAUACUUGAUUGUCAUAUGAAAGAUUAAUUUGCGUUAAAGACAACGACGACGACAACCAAGACGCUCUUAUUCACUUCGUCAAGCGAGGUAAAGACCUGCACCUCACGUACUGUACAAUACCUGUGUAAAUGUUGUGUUUAUGUAACUUACGUGUCCUGCUGUGCAGGUUAUGUGUCAAACAACAAUGGGGAUCAUUAUUAGCAUGAAAUUUUUAUACAAAUGUAUUUUACACAAAAGUAUAUUUUUAUAAGUGUUAAUGAGAUGGUUAUUGACAAACAGUAACUCCAAGAUGUGACAUCACAAGGAGGACCAAAUAUAAUAAACGCACAAUAACCUUACCUGCUAGUGACGUCACACCACCAGCACUGUGAAGAUUGUCAACCUAUUACGAAAAAUAUAGGAAACUAUCCUUGUAAAGUCAAUACCUCAACGGCUUUACAGUAUUCUGAUCGUGUAUCACAUAAUAUCGCCUCAAGGGUGAGGAGUUUGAUGCAACGACGUUCAUGAACCCUCAAAACGUUGUGUUGCCUAAAAUGUACAAAUCUCUAUAUAGUAUAUUAUAUGCCUGUUCGUUUAUAUAUGUUAGUCGUAGUCUGUGCUCACCUCCACACUGUACCUCCACUCCAACACGGAGAGGAAAAUCUCUGAAUAGAAUGUAAUACAUCGAGGUUGUAAAACAUAUUUACAGGGUCGUCGCCUCCAAGCUGGGCAGGGCUGGUCCCACCACCACCAGCUGGAGGCGAUCUGUGCUGGAUUAUGUAACCACGAGAGAACGUUCUAUUAUGAGAAUCUAAAUUUGGUUCUAAAACGGUGCUAUUUUGAGGUUAGGUAUUCGAUAUAGCACCUAAUAUGGAACCUCCAAAUAGACCGACCUGCUACAACAGCCAGCACAGCACUCCAUGUAAUACGUACUAUGUUGCGUCUAUUAAACCCAAACCCACAA